AUGGAGGAUUUCUUCACACAGGCUCAUGCGGACGGCGAAGCUUCGCCGCGAUCGCACGAGACCAUCACGGCGAUAUCGUCCAUCAAUGCAGAGAGCGGCAUCGUCGGCGCAAAAACCGAAAAGCCUGUCGAGAUCAAGCCGAGAUACAUCGGUAACUACAACAUCCUGAAGACGCUCGGCGAGGGGUCCUUCGCCAAGGUCAAGCUCGCCGUCCAUCGGCUAACAAACCAGCAGGUCGCCAUCAAAAUCAUGGACAAGGAGAAGCUCCCGGACGAGUACUCGCUCCGCAACAUCCAUCGCGAGGCGCAAAUCAUGCGCAUGUUGAACCAUGUCAACAUCAUUCAGCUGUACGAGGUCAUGGAGACGCGGAAAGAGCUCUUUCUGGUGCUGGAGUAUGCACAGGGCGGCGAAGUACUUGACUACAUUGUCGCUCAUGGCCGGCUGAAGGAGCCCGAGGCGCGCAAGUUCGUCACCCAGAUCAUCUCUGCACUUGAGCAUUGCCACUCUCUCAAUAUUGUCCACCGCGAUCUCAAGGCCGAAAACCUGUUGCUCGGAGACGAAAUGACCAUCAAAAUAUCGGACUUUGGCCUCUCCAAUGUCUUUGACAAAGCCAAGACGCUGGGAACGUGCUGUGGCUCGCCCGUGUACUCGGCUCCGGAGCUGAUAGAAGGCCGCCGGUAUAUCGGACCCGAAGUCGAUAUCUGGUCGCUCGGCGUCAAUGUUUACGCCAUGGUGGUGGGCGAUCUGCCCUUUGCCGAUAGCAACAUCUCGGCGCUCUACGAGUCGAUCCUGAAGGGCAAAUAUGAAAUCCCGGACUUUGUGUCUGCUGAGUGCAGAGACUUUAUCAGCAAGCUCCUUGUCGUUAAUCCAAAGAAGCGCUACACAUGCGCCCAGAUCAAAGAACACCCAUGGCUCACCCAGGGCAACGCUGUGCUCUACAGCUCGCCGCCGCCCACCGUCAACAUCCGCCCAAAAACAGAGCAGGACAUUGACAUGGAGAUCUUGAGCUUCAUGGAGUCAAUGGGGUUUGAGCGCAGCGCCACCAUCAGUUCGCUGCAGCUGAGCAAGUUCAACCAGGCGGCCGGCACUUACUACCUGCUCUGCGUCCAGAAGCGACAGGAUGCCCAGGCGUUUUCUCGCGAAGCCGAGGCUCGGCGGCUCAUGAAUGCCAGCGACCGAGCCUCCCAGGCGGACCAUACCGCACGCCCGCAUGGUUCCGACACAAAGACGACCAUGGGGCUUGCCAAAGUCAUGUUUGAAAUCGAACGCUGCCGGACUGGGGCAGAGGAGAGACCUGCACAGCCAACACCCGAGCAGACCGCAGAGAGCAUUACCCAACUGCCCGUCCGAGCGGAGCCAUCGACGCAGUCAAAGGUUGGCUUGAGCAAACGGAACAGAUCAAAAACGGUAUCGGUUGGCUCCAAGCUCGACACCACAAAGGCAGGGCAGUUCAAGAGCCAGCAUACAGCAACCAAGGCCGAGCAUGCCAAACAUGGCGACGACAUGCCCAACGGAGGUGUGGCUUCCUUUGCACCUCGAGACGGCGAAGAGCCCCACUCGAUUCGGCCAUCGUCCUCUCGACAGCAGCCGCAACGCAAGCAGCAGUACUCCCUGCCACCGAUAUCCACCUCGACUUCGCUCGAGCACCAGGCACCCCGCUCAAACCGCCUGCAUCCAGCCACUUUGGACUUGCCGCUGGCAAUCUCGCCGACGGCGGUUACGCUCAAGCCGGUUCCCGACGACGAAACGGAGCACUCCGGCUCGCUUCCUCGACACACACCGAGGACCCGGCGCCGUGGCAACACAGCCAGCGCCAUCUCCAUCGAUGAUAGCCUCUAUCUGAACACUGGCGACGACCUGGAGCACGGAGAUGGAUCCCGCGUGCCCCGGACGAUCCGCUUUGCAUUCAACUGCUCAACGACCUCCAGCUCGCCCCCUGUGGUUCUUCUGGAGCGUCUGACGAAUGCUCUCGAGAAGAGUGGCGCUACAUGGCAGUCGGAUGCCUUUCUGCUCGAUUGCGAGCAUGGCGACAUCCGCUUUGAAGUCGAGAUCUGCAAGCUUCCGCGACUCAAGAUGUACGGCCUGAGGCUGAAACGGAUAUCCGGCGACAUCUGGGAGUACAAGAACAUGUGCACCAGGAUCACAUCCGAGUUUGAGCAGGGGCCAUGA